CUGGAAUCUCUCCAUCAUCCCGAGAAAUGGACAGACAAUUGUGCCAUGCGAUGAGUCAAGGUCCUUCUGAGCGGGGCAAGGAGGUGGGCAGCUCAUGUGCUUCCUAUGUAUGCUACGACAGCUUCGGGCGUAUAUAAGACACCCUCCACGGACGUCCUCACCUCUUUCCAACAGCAAUAAUCUAUUCACAAUGAUUCAGAUCCUCCCCUUCCUCGUCACUCUCUUGCCUCUCCUCGGGAUGGCGACUGCCACCCCUAUCAACGCCCGGGACGAUACCCCAACUACCACAAUUUCUGCAAGCGCCCCCAUCCGCUCCGGUACCGUCUACUACGACGACCUGGAUUCCGACUAUGGUCGAAGGAUUCACCCCGACAGUCGCGGUGAUCUUUGUGUGGCUGUUGCAGGCGGCUAUGCGGCCUACGGCGCUUCUGUCAACAUCGCCUACUGUCAGCCCGAUAACACUACAUGGUCUGACCUCAUGGCAUGGAAUGUCACCCGCGAUGACCCCCCGGGUCAGACCUCCCUCCAAACCAAGCUCGACGUCAUGUGUCUCUCUGCCGGGGCCAAUCCCACCAACGGUGGACCAGUGCACCUCCAGGCGUGUGGUGAUGAGGGGCAGAAAUGGCACUUUGCCGAGUAUAAUGCGAUUGAGCUCGCUGGGACUGAUUUCUGUCUCGACGUCAAGGAAGGCUCGGGGCCCAUCAAUCAGAACCCUUACAGCAUCAUCGAGGAGCUGCAGAUAUGGGAGUGUAGUGACAACAACGAUAACCAGUACUUCUUUCAGCUGUAGGCCCAUAAGGAUAAGUAGUAUAUCAAGUUUGAUCGUGGCAUUCACGGACUAUACAUCACACAUUUCGAUGGCCCUCGGGCUCUUUCCUCUCUUUCACCACGUAUGACAAGAUCAAUAAUCCCAAGAUGAAUAUAUUUU